AUGGACGCGAACAAAUACUUCAAAUCAGAUGAAAGCGAUGGCAAUGAAGACAAAAAGGCGGAGACAGCGAUGGGUUUGCGUCGAUCUUCGCGGACAUCGGUGUCAUCGCUUGCAAACACAUCCAAAAGCAAAUAUUUUGAUGACUCGGAGGACGAAGAGAUGAUUGGAAGUGAUGACCACAAUGAAAACGAUACCGAAUUUAAGCCCAAAACAAAACGUAAAGCUAAUAAAGCGGUUAAUAAGAAACCAAUUGUCAAAUCAGUUGAUCCAUACGUUGACAGCUCUUCUUCGGAUGGCGAUGACUGGGAAGAGGUAAAGGAUAACGCAAUGGACGAUCUCGAAGACUAUAACCCUGUUAUCCCUUCAGAAGGCGUUGAGAUUACUGUCAAUAAAGAAGUUGUAAAGAAGAAGAAGAAGAAGGGAUUUGAUGUCAACGAUUACAUCCGUCAGCGAAUCAAUCGCUUUAAACGUGAUUUACAAUCAGAUAAACACAAAACUUCUUUACUUUUGCUGAUCUCAAGAGCUUUUUACUUAAAUAAUUCAAUAAAUGAUGAGACGGUUCAAGCGAUUGCUCUCUCCGUUACAAUCAAUGCGUUUAAAGCACCGAAAAGACUGUCCGUUAAGUUCUUGAAUGAAUUCAUUGAUUGGUUUAAAGAAAAUGUUGUAUUAAAACCAAUAGAAAGUGAAUCAAAUGAAACAAUGAUUGAAACUCUUUGUCGGUGUCUUGAGGAGAGAACCGCACGUAAUAGUAAUGAAUUGAAUAUGACUUUUAUUUCUCUGAUGAGAAGUUUGCGUCCAAAUUAUAUAAUAAGACUGUGUUAUGCAUUAAAUCCGAUUGAUAUUAAAGCCGUUGAUCUAAUUCUGACUGAUAAGCAGAAUGAGGUGAAGAAGUCUUCGUCCGACAAUAAGCCAAAGGUUACCACCGAUGAAGCGAAAGUGCCAAAGAAAUCAAAGCCAAAAAAGCCUAAAAUUGUUGUUUUAUCCGAUUCUGAAUCCAAUGAAGGCAUUGUCACAACAGAAAGGCUUGAACUCUGGGCCGAAGUGUAUGUCGAGACCGACAAGAAAUGGAUUUCAUUGGAUUUGUCCGAUGGUUUGAUUGAUAAACCCAUGGAAACGGCAUUGAAAUCGUUUCCUCAGCUCUCAUAUGUGGUUGCAUUGGAUUCUGAGGGAUAUAUACGAGAAGUGACCCAAAGAUAUUCAGACGAAUGGAUGAGCGUUGCGAUGAAAAAGCGUCGAACGGAUCAGAACUGGUGGACGCAAACGCUUAAUCCUUUUGAACGUCAAGUUUUAAAUAACGCUGAAAAGGCCGAAGACAUUGAAUUUGAGCAGAAGAUGGCGUCGACACCGCUUCCCACCAAAGUUGGCGAUUACAAGAAUCAUCCGCUUUAUGUCCUUAAAAAGGAUUUACUGAAAUUUCAAGGCAUAUACCCGUCGGACGCACCGCCUCUCGGCUUCUUCAGAGGCGAACCGGUUUACGCGCGAGAAUGCGUCCAAUUAUUGCGGUCGAGAGAGACGUGGCUUAGGUUUGCCCGCACUGUCAAAGACGGCGAGACUCCCUAUAAAUGUGUCAAAUCGAGACCAAAAUGGGAUAAAUACGCGAAAGUUUUACGGAAAGAUUUGCCGCUCGAUGUGUUCGGCGAGUGGCAGACAGUGCCGUACGAUCCCCCGCAGGCCAGAGACGGCAAAGUGCCGCGAAAUAACUUUGGAAACGUUGACCUCUAUCAGCCCUCUAUGUUACCCAAAGGCUGUGUUCACAUUCAAUUGCCGGGACUCUUACGCGUGGCAAACAAGUUGAACAUAGACUGCGCGCCCGCUAUCGUGGCCUUUGAUAAUAAUUGCGGCGGAUUUGGCGCACAUCCUGUUAUGGACGGGUAUAUUGUGUGCGAGGAAUACAAGCAAACUCUGUUAGAGGCCUGGGAUGAGGAACAGGAGAACAUCCGAAAGCGAGAGAUUGAGAAGAAGGAGAAACGAGUUCUCGACAACUGGAAGAAAUUGAUUAAA